AUGUACAAUAUUUUAUAGAUUUCAUUCAUAAAAUUUUUAAAAUAUAGACCUAGAUUUUAUUUUGCUGAUUUGAAAAAGUAUAAAUAUGGAGAUGAGAAAGCGUAUUUCACGAAAGAAGAUGGUAACAUUAUUGUUUUGAAAUGGUUUAGAAUAAAUGUUGUCAUAAUUAAUGAAAAAAAUAUAGCAAAACGAUGAUAAUUAAUUGUAUUAAUAAGAAAAUGAAAAAAAAUAUCCAAAAGAAGAACUUUAAGUAAAAUUAAUUGAAUAAUAUAAGAAAAUUCUCAGUAAUCAUAAUGUUACAUAUAAUGAAGCAUUGUUAAGAUAAAUAUUAAUGUGGAGAAAAAAAAAUUGAAUAAGCA